CCUCCUUCAUAGAGUCACACACGCACGCGCGCGCUCCCCCACCACACAGUGACCCAAGCCGCGCGCGUGCUCGCUCCCGCCCGCUGGUUAAACCCCAUCAUUGAGUCUUCUCUUUCCCAUCUCCGCCACAUUGCAGGGGCUGCGGAAGAGGGAGCGAGAGGGCAAGAGAGAGCGAGGGACUCCUCCGAGGUACACUGGCCGGCCCUGGUGAGAGAAGGACUGCUUGACAACGCUUUUGGACCCUCCCUGUUUGACUUUUGGACUAGUUUGGCUUGGGACUCUUUUGGACUGUGUCUCCAGAUCCUGUACACAUGGUUUACAUUACACUCUGGUAUUCAUGUUAACAGCGAACAGUUACAAACAGCACACAGUCUGAGUCAUCUUGAUCACCUUGCAGAAAAAGAGGCACUGUUGACAUUUUCUUCAAAUAUUAUUAGACUGAGCCAAACCCAGAUACAGACUGAGGCUGAGGGUAGCCUCUCUGAAGUGAACUUGAUCUGACUUUAUCAUUUCCUUAUUACAAAUGCCUAAAAACAGCAAGGUCGUAAAAAGAGAAAUAGAUGAUGACGUCAUCGAGUCUGUUAAAGACCUUCUGUCCAAUGAAGAUUCCGUUGAAGAUGCUUUCAAGAAAAGUGAGCUCUCUGUUAAUGACUCAGAGGACAAAGAUGUAGAUGUGGAAGAGGGAUCAGAUAUGGAAGAUGAGAGACCAGCCUGGAACAGCAAACUUCAGUAUAUCCUGGCACAAGUUGGAUUUUCUGUGGGCUUGGGGAAUGUGUGGCGAUUUCCGUAUCUCUGUCAAAAAAAUGGUGGUGGUGCCUAUCUUGUGCCAUAUUUAAUUUUGUUGCUGGUCAUAGGAAUUCCACUUUUUUUCCUGGAGCUUUCAGUGGGUCAGAGAAUCCGUCGUGGAAGUAUUGGAGUAUGGAAUUACAUCAGUCCUAAGCUUGGUGGAAUUGGAUUUGCAAGCUGUAUAGUGUGCUUUUUUGUGGCCCUCUACUACAAUGUCAUCAUAGGAUGGAGUCUGUUUUACUUUUCUCAGUCCUUUCAGCACCCCUUGCCAUGGGAUCAAUGCCCGUUGGUGAAAAACUCUUCUCGUACAUUUGUAGAGCCAGAAUGUGAAAAAAGCUCUGCCACGACCUACUACUGGUACAGAGAGGCACUCAAUAUUUCUAGCUCUAUCUCAAAGAGUGGAGGCUUGAAUUGGAAAAUGACAGUCUGCCUACUGGCUGCUUGGGUCGUGGUUUGCCUAGCAAUGAUUAAGGGCAUCCAGUCUUCAGGAAAAAUAAUGUAUUUUAGCUCUCUUUUCCCUUAUGUGGUACUUAUAUGCUUUUUAAUCAGAGGGCUGCUCUUAAAUGGUUCACUGGAUGGUAUUCGUCAUAUGUUUACCCCUAAGCUUGAAAUAAUGCUGGAGCCCAAGGUCUGGAGAGAAGCUGCUACUCAGGUGUUCUUUGCCUUAGGGCUUGGAUUUGGUGGAGUGAUUGCCUUUUCAAGCUACAACAAGAGAGACAACAACUGCCAUUUCGAUGCGGUUCUGGUGUCCUUCAUCAAUUUUUUCACUUCUGUGCUGGCAACUUUGGUGGUGUUUGCUGUGCUGGGCUUCAAAGCAAAUGUCAUAAAUGAAAAAUGCAUUAUCCAAAAUUCUGAAAAGAUUGUCCAACUUUUGAACACUGGCAAUCUUAGCACGGCUAUAAUACCUCCUCAUAUCAAUUUUUCAAGCAUCACAGCUGAAGAUUAUAAUUUGGUUUAUGAUAUUAUCCAAAAAGUGAAAGAAGAAGAGCGUCCUCUUGGUCUGAAACCCUGUCUGAUUGAAGAUGAAUUGAACAAGGCUGUUCAAGGAACUGGACUGGCUUUCAUUGCCUUCACUGAAGCCAUGACACACUUCCCUGCUUCCCCAUUUUGGUCAGUGAUGUUCUUUCUCAUGCUGGUAAACUUGGGGCUUGGCAGCAUGUUUGGAACCAUUGAAGGGAUCACAACGCCUAUAGUUGAUACUUUCAAAGUGAGAAAAGAGAUUCUGACUGUCGCUUGCUGUCUUCUGGCAUUUUCCAUUGGCCUGAUAUUUGUGCAGCGGUCUGGUAAUUAUUUUGUAACGAUGUUCGAUGACUAUUCAGCUACAUUGCCUCUGCUUAUUGUUGUCAUCUUGGAGAAUAUUGCCAUGUCUUAUGUUUAUGGGAUAGACAAAUUCAUGGAAGAUCUAAAGGAUAUGCUUGGUUUUUCUGCAAACCAGUACUAUUACUACACAUGGAAAUAUAUUUCCCCUCUUGUUUUGUUAUUUUUGUUGGUGGCUAGCAUUGUCCAGAUGGUAUUAAGCCCUCCUGGUUACAAUGCAUGGAUUGAAGAGAAGGCAACUGAAGAAUUUCAGAACUACCCAACCUGGGGGCUGAUUGUCUGUAUAUCUCUAAUUGUAUUGGCUAUGCUCCCUGUCCCAGUAGUCUACAUAAUUCGCCAGUGCAACCUUAUGGAUGACAGCUCUGGGAGCUUGGCGGCUGUUUCUUACAAAAGAGGACGCAUUAUCAAGGAACCUGUGAACCUUGAGGGGGAUGACACCAGUCUGAUCCAUGGGAAAAGUCCAAAUGAGUUGCCAUCUCCCAGUUUUGGCAAAAAGAUAUACCGAAAACAGACUGGCUCACCAACUGUGGAUACAGCCCCCAAUGGUCGCUAUGGUAUCGGUUACAUCAUGGCAAACAUGUCAGACAUGCCUGAGUCUGACUUGUAGCUAGAAAGCAGGGUUGGUGCCUCUGGUCUUAUACUGAACCACUGAACAUUGGUUCUCUGUAAGAGGAAGCGGUCAGCUUCACUUACUAGAGUGCAAUCUCAGGUGCCCCGUGAAUAUGUCCUUCAAAAAACAUCAUGACAUACGGUCAAAAGAGCUUGAAAAUUCCCUUUGGCCUGAUUCUUUGGCUUCUAUUUGUACUCAAGGGAAUGCACAUAAAUACCAAUCAGUGAUGGCCUAGCUUUGUCAGGAUUGCCAAUUUUUAAAAAAAUUAUUUUUGCAUUUAAUUUAAAAGUUUUCUAUCUCUCUUUAAAGUACAGGUGUUUACCUCAGUUUGUAGCAAUUUUUUAAGUGAAUUCAUAUUUCUCUACUGCUGAACUGGAACGUGCUCCUUUGUUCCUGCUGAUUAACUUCCCUACCCUGUUGGGAAAAAAAAGAGUUCCAAAGAGUUCACCGAGCUUGUAUGAACUGCACUUAUUUGUAUAUACGUUUUUGUAGAUAAUCCUGUACUUUUUUUAAGCACUUACAGUUCCUUAGGCUACUAGCUGAGUUUUAAAAAAAAGCAAUCGAACAUUUAAAACCCUGCAGAUUAUUUUCUUACAUGUAAUAUCUGUAUAGAGGAAAAGUAUUAGAAAAUCAAGUAUGAUUAUUCUGGAAAUACAGAAUUCCUCAAGCGUGGGGGAACUGCAUAUGUUGUGGCGGUAUUUUACAUAUUAUAUUUGUUUUUUUUUUUCAGUGUGAAAAUUAUGUCAGAGCGAGUCACUCCGAGACUCUUAAUGAUUGUGCAGAUUCUGCAUUUUUCUAAGCUGUGUGCCUAAAAAAAACAAAACAAAAAAGCCCUUCCUGAUAUUUAUUGUGGUUACAAGAUUAUAUAUAUUAUAUUUAUAUAUAAUAUACUUGUAAUGUACAUAUGUAUAGUAAAAUUGUAUGUAACAGCUUCAAGCCCUGAAUCAAGAUGGCUUUAAAGAGAUGUUUCUGUUUUGCUUCUGUUUUAUGCAGAGAGGAACUCCAUUUUUCCCCAGUCAGUGAUAAUUAAGAACUGUAUGCUAUUACAUUAUACUAGGAAUAAAGAGAGUGGAAAGGCA